AUGAGCACGCCCAUCCCAAAACAGUCCAUCCUCCACGCUUACCGACACCUCUACCGGACUUCCCUUCGCGCUGUCAAGCACGCGCGCCCCGCGCGCUAUGAGAUCCGCGACAUUCUGCGCGACUCAUUCCGCAACUCGCCUCCCACAAAUUUCAAUCUGCGGCGCAUACAGAACACGCUGAAGUUUCUCGAGAAUGCAAGAAAGUACAAUGGAUUCGAACACAGGAUCGUGAAAAAUUUGCUGCAUCUGCAGUUUUGGAAGAUUAAGGGUCUGGACAAGAAACUGAUCAAGAAUUCGAACACUUCCGAGGCCAUCGAGUCUAGGCGACAGAUAUGGCAUCAGUAUCGGGCGACGUUGACCAUGCUGAACGAAAGUCUGGACAUCUGCUUGACGAUAUAA